AUGGCGGACGUUCAGAUGGGCGAAACCGAGACUUUUGCUUUCCAGGCUGAGAUCAACCAGCUGUUGAGUCUGAUCAUCAAUACUUUCUACAGCAACAAGGAGAUUUUCCUCAGGGAAUUGAUUAGCAAUGCCUCCGAUGCUUUGGAUAAGAUCCGGUUUGAGAGCUUGACUGACAAGAGCAAGCUUGAUGCCCAGCCAGAACUCUUUAUUAGGCUUGUGCCUGAUAAGGCCAACAAGACUCUCUCCAUCAUUGACAGUGGCAUCGGCAUGACCAAAGCUGAUUUGGUGAACAACUUGGGAACUAUUGCAAGAUCUGGCACGAAAGAAUUCAUGGAGGCAUUGCAGGCCGGUGCUGAUGUAAGCAUGAUUGGCCAGUUUGGUGUGGGUUUCUACUCUGCCUACCUUGUGGCGGAGAAAGUUAUUGUGGCCACAAAACAUAACGAUGAUGAGCAAUACAUCUGGGAAUCCCAAGCCGGUGGCUCUUUCACUGUAACAAGGGACACUGAAGGCGAGCAACUUGGCAGGGGAACUAAGAUCACCCUCUUUCUCAAAGAGGAUCAGUUGGAAUACCUUGAGGAAAGGAGGAUCAAGGAUCUUGUGAAGAAGCACUCUGAAUUCAUUAGCUACCCAAUCUAUUUGUGGACGGAGAAGACAACUGAAAAGGAGAUCAGUGAUGAUGAGGAAGAUGAACCCAAGAAAGAGGAGGAAGAGAACAAGGAAGACUACAACAAGUUUUAUGAAGCAUUUUCAAAGAACCUUAAAUUGGGGAUUCAUGAGGACAGCCAGAACAGAGCUAAGUUGGCUGAUUUGCUUCGCUACUACUCAACCAAGAGUGGUGAUGAGCUGACCAGCUUGAAAGACUACGUUACCAGGAUGAAAGAGGGCCAGAAAGAUAUCUACUACAUUACUGGUGAAAGCAAGAAAGCAGUUGAGAACUCUCCUUUCUUGGAGCGGCUGAAGAAGAAGGGCUAUGAGGUGCUGUACAUGGUGGAUGCUAUUGAUGAGUAUGCCGUGGGACAAUUGAAGGAAUACGAUGGUAAGAAACUGGUGUCAGCAACCAAAGAGGGCUUGAAACUUGACGAUGACAGCGAGGAAGAGAAGAAGAAGAAAGAGGAGAAAAAGAAGUCAUUCGAGGAUCUGUGCAAAGUCAUCAAGGACAUCCUUGGGGACAAGGUGGAGAAAGUUGUGGUCUCUGAUAGGAUUGUGGACUCUCCAUGCUGUUUGGUAACUGGUGAGUACGGAUGGAGUGCAAACAUGGAGAGGAUCAUGAAGGCUCAGGCCCUGAGAGACAGCAGCAUGAGCUCUUACAUGUCCAGCAAGAAAACAAUGGAGAUCAAUCCUGACAAUGGCAUCAUGGAGGAGCUCAGGAAGAGAGCUGAGGCUGACAAGAACGACAAGUCUGUCAAGGAUCUGGUUCUGCUGCUCUUCGAGACAGCCCUUCUAACUUCUGGGUUCAGCCUGGAUGAUCCCAACACAUUCGCAUCAAGGAUUCACAGGAUGUUGAAAUUGGGUUUGAGCAUUGAUGAUGCCGAGGAUGCUGGUGAAGAUGAUGACAUGCCUGCGUUGGAGGAAAGCAAUGAGGAGAGCAAGAUGGAGGAAGUUGAUUAA